AUGGCAGCUUUUUCUCAUCAUUCCCAAUAUACCCAUUCGACGCGCGAUCAUUUGAGAGAACCUCCGUCGAUUUGGAGAAGGUUAUUAUUGGUUCUGCCGACGGAUCUGGCCGUGUCUUUGCAGAGGAUGGCAGACCAACAGAAUUUCAAUGUGGUUGGGGGGAAGACAUCGAGAAUACCGAGGUUAGUGAGGGGAUGGAUGAGAGAUUGGAGUUGGAGACGAGCUUUUAGUUUACCGCAUUUGUUGGUGUGUGUUUGGGUGGUCGUUUUACUGUCUGGAGAGCGCUGGGUUUUCGAGGAAGCUGUGCGAGCUUGUGCGUGGGAGGAAUGGGAGAGAUGGCCUCCAAAUACUACGCCCCAUCACUUGAUCUUUCUGGCAGACCCUCAAUUGACGGAUCCGCAUUCAUACCCUGAUAGGCCAUGGCCGUUGUCGACUUUCACCGUCUGGCACACGGAUAAUUAUAUGAAGAGGUCUUAUAUACAACUUUCGAAACAAUUACAUCCAGAUACUAUAUUUUUCUUGGGGGAUUUAUUCGACGGAGGAAGAGAAUGGAAGACCGCGCAUGGAAAUUCAGAAGAUCAAGCAUGGGCAAAAGGAAGACGACCAGCAAAAGAGCAAAAGCAUUUGGAGAGUUGGGGAAAACGAUACGGAGAGGAUUUUUGGUUGAAGGAAUACGGUCGAUUCUCCAGGAUCUUUUCGGACAACUGGAAUUUAGGAGGAACAGAAGCUGGAGUUGGGCAAAGAGGACGAAAGCUCAUUGCAAGUUUACCAGGAAAUCAUGAUUUGGGCUUCGGCGCACAAAUUAAGGUUCCUAUUCGCGAUCGAUUUGAGGUUUACUUUGGAGAUGUAAACAGAGUGGAUGUUAUUGCGAAUCAUACCUUUGUUUCUGUGGAUUCAGUAUCAUUGAGUGCUGGAGCAUCAGAACGUCCAGUUAGUGAAACUGCACCUAUCACCAAACCAGUCGAGGAAUUUCUGAACAAUGUUCAAGUCUCCAAACGGAAAGCCGUGGCUAGAGAGUUGGACUUUCAGGCUGGAAAGGAAAGAGCUAUACAAUAUACUCAUUCAGUUCAAGAUGUUGAAUUAGCAGAUUACGCACACUUACCAACUCUUGAUCCUGGACCAAAUGGUGCUGAAUUUCCUACUAUUCUUCUUACUCAUGUACCGCUAUAUCGAAAUCCUGGAACUCCAUGCGGUCCUCUCCGAGAACACUGGCCACCAACGCCGCCACCAAAGGGUCAGACUAUGCCUGUCAUACCCGAUCAUAGAAAUGCCAUCAGUGUAUCCAAAGGAUACCAAUACCAAAAUGUACUCGGUGACGACGAUUCGAAAAAACUAAUCUCAAAAAUUGGCAAUGUAGUUUCUAUCUUCUCAGGUGAUGAUCACGAUUAUUGCGAAUUAGUACAUCCAGAAGACAAAAAUCACGCCCGAGAAAUUACAGUCAAAAGUAUGAAUUGGGCAAUGGGUAUUCGCAAACCUGGUUUUCUCAUGCUGAGUAUGUGGAAUCCAGUUGGCGCGGAUGGAAAACCUUUACAUUCGAUUCCCACAGGUCAUGGGGCUGAAAACACACAUACUUCAACGACGAUGGAAUCGCAUCUUUGUUUAUUACCGGACCAAAUUGGCAUUCUUAUAAAUUAUGGCAUUUUGGUAGGGAUCUCACUUCUUCUCCUGAUCAUUCGAGCGAUUCUCGUGCCUUUUACAAAUCUUACUCCUUUCGCCCCCGAUACCAAAGGUUCUUCUUCAGGUCCAGGUAGUCCAAUUGAUUCGGAAUUCUCGCUCUUGCCAACUAGUAUUAAAGAUCUCAAACGCGAAGAUGAAGAGGAAAAAGAUCGGAGGAGUGAAGGGAAUUCGUCAACUUCGAGUACGGCUACGGUUAAUAAUCUCGCAACUCGGACUUCUAGAACGAGGACAUCGAGUCCGGCGAAUGGUUAUGGGUUACCAGGACAGGGAUACUCGAAUGGAGUUCCUUAUCAACAGACUCAGCCGUUGAUUGAGAAGGCGGGAUAUUAUGGUGGGUUGGAGGGAAGACUUAGGUGGGAAAGUGAGAGGGAAUUUGAGAUGGAGAUGGAAAGGGAGAGGAAGAGGAAAGUGGAGAUGGAGAGGAGGAGGAAUUAUAAACCUUGGAAGAUAGUGGUCUGGUGGGGAGGAUUUAGAACUACGAAAAUGGGGAGAGUACUGAGAGAGAUCGGGUGUAGUGUUUGGAGAGUGCUGUGGGUUGUUGGUGCAGUUUUUAUGUGGUUUACUUGGUUUGGUUAG